UUUAUAGGGAGGGUCAUCGAUGGUGAUCCAAGUUUUCGCAAGUGGCAGUUUGCCCGGCAGUGAAAGCGAGCGGGUGCCGCAUUCCUCAUGGCUCCUCUGAACCAGCGGUACACGUUAGUCGGGUUUUCUGACGAAUUGGACUGGAGGCCUAUGGACUUCGUGGAGCCCAUUCCAGCUUACAGAAUCUGCAAAGCAUGCGGACUGGUGCCCAGUGUGACCGCUUCUUUGCCGUGUCUGCACGUUCUCUGCAAGAAGUGUUACGACUGUUGCCGGCAUGACGACGGACGUUGCUGUCCGCUCGAUGGUGAGCGUGUCCGGGAAGACGAUGUCGAGUGGCGGGAGUUUCCAGUAGACAACCUGCUCAAACGGAAGGUAAAAUGCUGGAACGAAGAAAGGGGCUGCCACAGGGUACUGACUGCAUCAGAGCUGAACAAGCACUUUUGUGAAGACUGUGACCAUCACUUUACGUCCUGCCCCAAGUGUUCAAUACUCGUACUUUGCAAGGAUGUCUGCGCGCAUAUACAAAGCGAAUGCAGUAAUUACGCGGUGCCUCUUACAAAUGGGUCCCCUCCAACGACUAACAGUGACCAAACAGCAAUAAUGAUGGCUUUGAAUUCAAGCAUCAAUGGGCAAGUGUGUGAAAUGAAACACAGGCUUGCCCAAGUUGCAAAUGACAUUAACGCCCAAAGUGAAUGUCUGAAUCAAAUUUCAUAUUGCAUGAACUCGAUCAAAGGAACGCUGCUACAAAUAUCAAGGGGAAGCAAAACGUUUGAAAACGUUCCGUCACGAGCUGCCGAUUGGCUAUCGUGCUCUGAAGCAGUAAGGGAAACACUGAUUGGUCAUGGCCAAAAGCUGCAGGAGCUCGCAGGAACGAUAGGCAAUUCAACUAAAACCCUGAUGGAAGCUUCAGAGGACAGGAGGCGAGCUGUAGAGCAAAUGAAAGAAAAUGCAGCGAACGCGUUGCAAGAAGCUUUAAGGAAACAUUCAGCGGCUGACAAUGAGGCGUUCAAUAAAGUAUAUGAAAAGGUAAACACGAUGGAGAGGACCUUAGGAAAACAGUUGCAGGACGUCACUAGGACAAUCUGUAGUAUGUUAGAAAAACGUGUUGCAGGCAUUGGUGAAGCACUGAAUCGUCAGGAGCGAAACAGUUCGACGCCAUUAAGUAUAGAGAAAGAACUGGCCCUAAACACAAUCAGCCUAAAGCGAUACGAGUUUUGUGUAAAAGGAUUGAAGGCAAAGAAGGAACGGGCAUAUUCGCAAGGCUACUGUGAUUGCCCGAGUGUAAACCUAUAUAUCUCAGGGUAUCACUUGUUGCCGGGAGUCUACCUUAGCAAACAUGAGGGUAAUGUGUUGCUGCAUGUUGGUAUUCAGCUGCUGAAAGGAGUGAUAGACAAUUUUCUUCAAUGGCCAUUCGAAAAGAGCAUUAAGCUGACAGUCAAACAUCCGUCGAAUGGCAAACAUCGCCAGUUUGUAACUAAACCUGAAGACAACCUCCUCUACUAUGGAAAGCCCGAAGGAUCAAGUAACGAAGGGGCAUACUUGAGCGACAAAUCAUUUCCAUUAGAUGACCUGGAACGUAAAGGAUACGUCACGGGCGACAAUCUCCAUAUAGUGUGGGAAAUCGUUCAGUAAGGCCGGAUCAAAUAAUGAUGGACGCCUUAUGUAUUUCCCAAGUACAUAAGCUGAGCUGUUAAACGGGUUAGAAAUGAACAUCGCUCCGCAGCUCAUCUUUGUUGAAAGCCAAAUGAAAGUUGCUAUUGAACUGCAUGUGGUAUUUCUAUUGUAUAGUGUCCCUGCUAGUAUGCAUCCGUCAUAUGACACAGCUCAAUGUACAGGGAUAUACUCAGUGCAUGAUCACAGUGGAGAAGAGCCUCUGCCAGUAAUCGUUAGUUGGUGCAUUCUAUGAAUCGUUCGCAAUUACCAAAUAUGUUAAUUACUGCUCUGAAGCGCCGUUGUUAAUGCAUUUGUCGGAAAAAUGGUAAAGAAAGCUGUCAUGUUUCCAGCGCGGUACAUUUUGCCCGUUUAUUUCGAACAGAUCAAGAAAGCCCAGGAUAAAUUAGAAAUAUCACGUGACUAACUGUCCUCCGAAGUCAAAAGAAAAUUCAUGCCAGAUACUCUUCUGGGAGUUCGCUAAGUAUGUGCAACCACUGCGCCACUUGCUAAUCUCCAUGCAGCCCAUCGUAAUUACCAAUGCUGUGAAGGUUGAUCCGACCAGUAUAAACGAUAGCGCUGCAGCGUGACGAACUGUUGGGGAUGGCAGCACAAGAUGAAUUGACGCAAGAUUACUGCAGGUUGUAGUAGCUGGUGCGCUGCUGAAGUUCCGAUCAAUACAAACCUCUCUAUAUCGCCUUGUUCAUCCGCAUCGAACCAUUAUGAAUCCUGGUCAACCUUAUACCGGCGGUGUAUGGCGCCGCCGCGCGGGCCCUAUCUUGAUAGCGAUCUGCGAUGGUGGCUGAGUGCGCAUAAUUCUGACAGCUUCGUGCGCGCUGCGUUCCCGCAGCUUACUUCCCGUCGAAUUGAGAGGCCACUUCGCGCGCAGCUGCUACGGGCAUAUAUAUCUGAAAAGCGAUAGUCUUACGCCACGGGUGGACGGGCAUCCUCGACGGGUAAACAUAGAGGUGCUUACGCAUUUGAAUGCAGCGCCCUCAAACGAACUCCACACUCGCUAUUGAGCGCACUCUUUCCAUAACAGAUCAACCACCAAUUCUCGGCGCUCUUAACAACAAGGCGCCGUGCAGUCGUGGGUGGAGCGCGCCAGAUAAGACGACAGCUUUGCCGUUAACUUUGAAGCUUCUUUUUGAUGGCGCUGCUAUUUAAAGCGGGCGCUAGGAUAUUCGCACGCUUCGCGUCUAACCAAAUCGAAAUUUUCGCGGGCUCUCUUUAUCAACCGGAAGAAAUAAACGGGCGCGAAGUACCUGGGCUGAAAACAUGCCAGCUUUGUGUUUCUUACAAUUUCCUACACAAUUUUCACUGACAGCACGGAAUCCAGAUCACUAAUUAAGAAUGCUAAUUGCAGCUAAUAGAUUGAAUGGCAUCAACAAAAAUUUGUGUCGUCUAUUCAACUCGGUUGCGAUCAAUAUGCAUUGGUUACCAUUGCGUUGAAUGGAUCUCUUAAAAAAGACAGGAUGCAUGAUAGCAGCGACACCCUUUAUAUGUAUUUCAUAGACAACGCAUCGUCGGUCAUUUCUAAUUGUAUAGCCCAGAAUUGCCACAUGGUUCUUUCGAAACAAGUCGACUGAAGAUGCCGCGCACUUGCAAGUAAUACCACAAUUUAGCUUUUCCGUGGCCAUGAAUAAUUAGAGAAGCGAAUACGCUCACUAAGAAAAUCGCCAAGCUCUCAACAAUCACUUUUAUUGCUGCUGCACCACUGCACGUUGGGUGAAAUACCAUGCCGUCUUUAUUGAAUUUUUUAUAGACAUCUAUAUUUCCUUUAGGUAAAUUUCAAGGCGUCACAUAUUCGUGCAUGCGCAAAAAGGGCAACGCGAAAGUACGCCAUGAAGUUCAUAAUUACAUUGUAGGGUGAAAAGUAUUGGCGAAAUGACCGGUUUCACCUGAAAGGACGAAAUUAAUCGUAAAUUUUGAAAAUAAUGGAGAAGAGUGUGUGCUAUUCUUGUACAUAGUGAAAGAGGUUGUGCCACUGUGGAAUGCGUGGAAAAUUAGAUUGUCCAACUAGGCGUCUUGAGCAAUAGGUUAUGGCGAAGGCGCUUCAUUGACAAGUGGUUUACAUGCCAAGCUUGCCCAGCUUUUAGUAUCUGUCGUGGCUUAAAAUAUAGCUCAUUGAUAGCGGUAGCCGCAUCCAGCAAAAGCAAGCAUGCGCAGUCAACCUAUGCAUUAUCGUGCUCAAUAUAAGUGCAGUGGUGCUGUUUCUUUCCAAAAGAUACGGUCGCGCCGUUUUAACGCUCAUAAUAAUUCGUUUCCUAACAGCCUCACCCAAUCGGGUCUCGUGCUUAGGCCAGAUUUGAGCAAACAACACGAUUGCUCCAGCAAAACACUCUUGUCGACACGCAGGGCUGCGAAAGUUCAGAUUGCUGAAAGCGCAAGCUAGAUUUCCUUUCAUGAAGUGCUCUCUCAUCAUCAGCCUAUUUUAUGUUAUUGUUAUGUUGUCUUAUGUAUUUUAGGUUUUAAGUUUUAUGACAUGGACCUGCCCAGCUCCAUUUUUUUCUCUUAAUGUCCAAUAAAAUAUCGGCUAUACCCGUUUGCUCUCUGGUCCAA